UAACGCGUUAGGCAACUCCGCCGUAACUCGUGGGGAACUGCCCGGGCUCCGCUCCGCCGGGGCUCGGUGCUCGGGGGUCACCGGGGGAGCGCAGGGACCGCGCUCCGACACCGCCCGCCAGCGCCCGGAACCCCCGCGCGGCGGGCGCGUUCCCCGCCGAGCCCCGUCCCGUUGUUAUGACGACACGGCCGUAAAGCCGCCAUCUUGCGGCGCGUUGCGACACGGGGGCCGCGAUGGCAACGGGCGCGGGGCCGGCGGCGCUUACGGCAGGAGCGGCCGGGCCGGGCCGGGGCGCGGCGGCCGCGGGCUCCGGGCCCCCCGCGCCCCCCGCCGCCCUCAUCGGCCUCCCGCCGCCCUUCGGCGAGCAAGACGAGGAUGACGUGCAUAAGUGCGGGCGCUGCCAGUCGGAGUUCAGCUCCCUGGAGGAGUUCGUGCAGCACAAGCUGCAGAAGGGCUGCCAGCGCCCUCCCGACGCGCUCGCCGGGCUCCUCGGCCAGGAGGCACAAAAGGUGGUUCCUGCUGUCGAGGAGUCCAUCACUGUUGCUCACAUUGUUGUUGAAGCAUCUUCCAUAGCAGAGGAGAUCAGCAACGCCUCGGCCAUCGUAGGCAGUGGGCACAUCAAAGAGGUCAUUGUAGCAGGAGACCAUGUGUUUGAGAACCCCAAUGGCCCCGUGGACGGGGAGGUCAGUGAGGAGCAGGGCAGCCCCGAGGAGCAGGAGCAGGACAUUUCCACCGAGCUGAUCAAGGUGAAGCUGCAGGUGAACAAGGAGGGGCGAUACGUGUGUGAGCUGUGCCAGAAGACAUUUAAAACUGCCAGCAUCCUCAAAGCUCACAUGAUCACUCACAGCAGCAGGAAGGACUAUGAGUGCAAACUCUGUGGGACUUCCUUUAGGACAAAGGGCUCUCUGAUCCGACACCAUCGGCGGCACACGGAUGAAAGGCCUUACAAAUGCAAGAAAUGUGGGAAAAGCUUCCGGGAGUCGGGGGCUUUGACUCGGCACCUUAAAUCUCUGACACCUUGCACUGAAAAAAUCCGCUUCAACAUGACCAAAGAAAUAGUUGUCAACAAAGAUGAUCUGCCAUCAGGAUCCUGCAGCUCCAACACAGACACAAUGUCCUCGAUAGCAAGCGAAUCCAUCGAGGCCUCCCCUGUCAUCCACCUCGUGACAGAUGCAAAGGGCAACGUGCUCCAUGAAGUCCAUGUGCAGAUGCAGGAGCUUCCCGUGGUGGAUGCAAAACCCCUGGAGCCAGACCAGCCACAUCCUGAGGAGCUGCCGUGCGAGGGGGAAGUGAACAGUGAGAACCUGCUGAGGCAGGCCAUGAGGAAUUCGGGAAUUGUCAUCGAGAGGGUGGCAGUGGAGGAGGUGCAGAAGGUGGAUGAACCUGUGGCAGCUGCUCCAGAAGAGCUGGAAAACAAAGAGGUGGACAUGGAAGAGGAGCCAUGUGGGGAGGAGUGUGCCAAACUGGAAGGAGCAGAGUCUCAGGCACCUGCAGAAAGAACCAACGGGUACAAACGUUACAUUUGCCCUCACUGUAAUGAAGCCUUCAGUGAAGCUGCUGCCCUGGAAACUCACAGCAAGAGUCACACAGAGUACAAACCUUUCAAGUGCGAGGAGUGUGGCAAGGAGUUCACCAAGGGCUACCUGCUGAAGAAGCACCAGGAGGUGCACGUGAACGAGCGGCGGUUCCGCUGCGGGGAGUGCGGGAAGCUCUACAAGACCAUUGCCCACGUCAAGGGGCACCGGCGCGUGCACUCGGACGAGCGGCCCUACGCCUGCCCCAAGUGCGGCAAGCGCUACAAGACAAAGAACGCCCAGCAGGUGCAUUUCCGCACGCACCUGGAGGACAAGCCCUACGUGUGCCAGUUCUGCAGCCGGGGGUUCCGGGAGAAGGGCUCCCUGGUGCGCCACAUCCGCCACCACACCGGCGAGAAGCCCUUCAAGUGCUACAAGUGCGGGCGCGGCUUCGCCGAGCACGGCACCCUCAACAGGCACCUCAAAACCAAAGGUGGCUGCCUCCUGGCUAUGAAGGAGGUGGAAGAGGUGAUCGUGUCAGAGGAGAGUCAGUCUGCUGACAACUUAGCAGCCACGGUCCUGUCAGAAGAUCCGCACACAGUCCUGGUGGAGUUUUCCUCGGUGGUGGCAGACACCCAGGAAUACAUCAUCGAGACUUCCACUGAGGACAUGGAGACCAGCGAAGCUACUGAAAUAAUAGAGGGAACAAGACAUGAGGUGGACAGCCACAUCAUGAAGGUGGUGCAGCAGAUCGUGAACCAGGCCAACUCGGGCCACCAGAUCAUCGUGCAGAACGUCACCGUGGCCGAGGGCGCGGCGGCCGCCGACGCCGCCGACACCAUCACCAUCGCCACGCCCGAGAGCCUCACCGAGCAGGUGGCCAUGACGCUGGCCUCGGCCAUCGGCGACGGCGCCGUGCUGGCCACCGAGGGCGCGCUGGCCGCGCAGGAGGCCACCGUCACCAUGGUGGCCUCCGAGGACAUCGAGAUCAUGGAGCACGCGGGCGAGUUCGUCAUCGCCGCCUCGCAGGAGGGCGAGGUGGAGGUGCAGACCGUGAUCGUGUGAGGGAGGGGCUGCACAGGGCCCGGCUGGCCCCCGGGGCUGCCCACAGCCAGGGGCAGUGCUCUGCAGGGAGGUGGCUUCACAGGAUAGUGCGGGCCUGAAACGGGAUAGGACAGGUGUAAAACAGGAUAGGACAGGCCUGAAAUGGGAUAGGACAGGUCUAACACAGGCCAGGGCAGGCCUGAGGUGUUCUCAGUCUAAAACCAGUAUCACGAGUUAAACCUCAGCCUGGUCACACUGAGGGGACAGACAGGUCACAAGUGGCACUCAGUAUUCUGUACAGCAGCCUCGAAUUAAGGAAGAUCCUUUGGGAACCAGCCCUCUCUGCCCAUGGGACAGCAGUGGGUUAGUUUUUAAAAGGAUUCAGAAAGUGUAGCAAACAUGUGGGGUCUCACAAGGGAUUACUGAAAUAUAUGCAUUUAAAACAAGUUGAGGAAACCAAACCUAAGGAGUUGUGGUGUGUCAAGCACCACUGAAACACUCUCAUGCCUUUAACCUCACUCCUUCCGGCCUCCCAAGGCAUGGUACUGCAGUAUUUCUCUUUUCUUUGAUAUCCUGGACAAGUAGCCUUAUGUACUGGUCUAUGAAUGCAUCAUUGUACCCUGCAAUGCCAGCCAGGCUGCUCUGAGAGCCAGCCUGGGGGAUGGAAAGCCAUAUUGUAUAGGAAUUUGGGUUUUUAAACCAUAUAUGGAUUUUUAAUUGCAUAUUGUACAGAUUUGGCAUGUAAAUAAAUACAUUUUUAAAAAUAAAA